GGGUGCUGGUUGGAGCCUCCUAAUCUCUUGGCGGCUAUGAGACUGUCCAUGCUUCUGUCCUUGCUGCGGCCCGCGGGCCCCGUGGUGGUCGGCAUCUCCCUAGGCUUCACGCUCAGCCUGCUAAGCGUCACAUGGGUGGAAGAGCCUUGCGGAAGCGGCCCCCGCUUACCCGGCAGCCCCAAGUCGGCCUCCGACCCCAGGGGUGGAGUGAGCGUGGUCCGGAAGCCCAACUCGGUCCCCGCCAACAUGGACAACGAGAGCUUUGAGCCGAAGAUCAUUCCGUACACUCCGCCAGACCCCCAGAAGGUUCAGAAGAAACCCAUCCGAUCUCGUUAUAUAAGCACAGAACUUGGAAUUAGGGAACAGCUGUUUGUUGGGGUCCUGACAUCCAAGACCACCCUGAACACCCUGGCAGUUGCCGUGAAUCGGACACUCGGCCACAGGCUGGAGAAGCUGGUGUACUUCACAGGUAUGCGAGGCCGGAAGCUGCCUCAUGGAAUGACCGUGGUGACCCAUGGGGAUGAUCGGCCCAUCUGGAACAUGUACCAAACUGUGAAGCAUCUUCUGGAUCACUAUGUUCAGGAGUUUGAUUGGUUCUACCUGGUACAGGAUGACACGUACACCGAGGCACACAGGAUCUCCCGGCUGACCGCUCACCUUAGCAUAGACGCUGAUCUGUACAUGGGUAGGCCGGAGGAGUUCAUCGGAGGUGACACCGAGGGUCGAUACUGCUAUGGCGGAUUUGGUUAUUUGCUGUCUCGAAGUCUUCUGAAGAAGGUGCAGCCCCACCUCGAGAGCUGCCGCAACGAUAUCCUGAGCGCCAGGCCUGACGAGUGGCUAGGGCGGUGCAUCAUCGAUUACACCCAUGUCAACUGCGUGGAGGAACACGAGGGGGUACGAUACAGAUACUUUGAAUUGGGAAAGAACGCAGACCCUGAAAAGGAGAGUGACCCCCGCUUCAAGAACGCAUUCACAGCCCACCCCGUCCUGGACCCUGUACAGAUGUACCGUCUCCACAAACACUUUGCUCAGGUGGAGCUGGAGAGGACUUACCUGGAGAUCGAACAGCUGCAGAGGGAGAUACAGAACGCCAGCAGCCUGUCUGUGGCUGGAGACCAGUCUGCCACCUGGCCCCUCGGGAUCAACGCCCCAUUCCAGCCCCGCUCACGUUUCGAGGUCCUGCGCUGGGAUUACUUCACAGAGGACCAGACUUUCUCUUGUAUCGAUGACUCUCCCAAGUGCGAACUGAUCGGAGCCGACCUCGCCGAUGUCACCGACAUCCUCAGCACAGCCGUGGACGAGCUCAACCGCAAAUACCAGCCGGUGCUGCACGUGCGCAAGCAGCAGCUCCUGAAUGGCUACCGCCGAUUCGAUCCGACUCGUGGCAUGGAGUACACGCUGGACCUGCAGCUGGAGCUGGUGACACAGAAGGGCCACAGCCGUUCCAUCACAAAGAGGGUCCACCUAGUACGUCCUCUUAGUGAGGUGGAAAUCAUCCCCAUGCCGUAUGUGACCGAGGCCAGCCGUAUCAACAUCAUCCUACCCCUGACUGCCCAAGACCGAGAACAUGCCGUGGCUUUCCUGAAGGCCUUCACAGACAUCCAGGGCAAUGAAAAUUCCCUGCUCACCCUGUUGUUUAUCUACGACCCAUUCCAAGCCCAGCAGGUCAGCCAGAGCGACAUUUUCAGCCAAGUCAAGAGCCAAAUUGCCGAGUACGAGCGCAAAUACCGUGAUGUAAAAAUCCCAUGGAUCAGCGUGAAGACAGACGCACCUUCCCAAAUCCGACUUAUGGACAUCAUCUCCAAAAAGCACCCUGUGGAUACCCUGUUCUUCCUGGCCGGCGUCGGGAGCCACGUCAGCACAGAGUUCCUCAACCGUUGCCGCAUGAAUACCAUUAACAACUGGCAGGUCUUCUUCCCCAUCCACUUCCAAGGUUACAACCCCGAGGUGUCCGAACACGGGAAGGAGUCUCCCUCGGGCACCCUGGAUCUGGUGCGCGACGCCGGCCGCUUCGACAGGGACGUCUUCGACGAAGCUUGCUUCUACAACGCCGACUACAUGUCCGCGCGUACCAAAAUGGCGGCCGACGCUCAGGAGAACGAGGAGAUCGUGGAGAUGCUCGACAUCUACGAGAUGUUCAUCCGCUACUCGGGGCUCCACGUCUUCCGGGCAGUGGAACCGGCCUUGCUUCAACUUUACCGCACGCGUUCUUGCAACCCGCGCCUGAGCGAGGAAAUUUACCAUCGAUGCGUGCAGAGCAAUUUAGAAGGACUGGGCUCUCGUUCCCAGCUGGCUAUGCUUCUGUUUGAGCAGGAACAAGGCAACAGCACUUGACCAGAGCCUUGAAACUGCCAGCGUCUGGCUCGUUGUGGUUGGGGGGGGUCUUUUUUGGAGACCUUUGACUGACUGCUUUAUACAUACUGGGACACUAAUGUGGGUGCCAGAAACUGAACUUUACUCGCACCCCCAGGCCCCAUUACAGCACCAAGUUUGUGCUUCAUCUUGAAACAAGACUUUAUAAACUUAAACUGUUACCGUUGGACGUGAGGGGACCUCCCCUUUAACAUGGACCUCUGACAGUGUUGUCUUCUGUGCUUGUGCAGCACCCCACUCUGCAAUAACUGCCGAACUGUCAACCCUUCUGUUGAUGUUACUCCUCGCAGGGGGGGAGACUCUCGCCCUCAGGCUCCUCCUUCAUGGAUCCUCAUCCAAAGAACGCUUGAACAAGCAUCGCAAAUGGUCAAUUUUUAUUUUUUCUCAUGAACAUUUUAAUUUAAUCUCUGUGGUCCAUUUGGUUUUACGGGAUAGAUUUUAUUAUCUAGAUGAGAGACAAUAGACUU